AUGAAGGAUUACAAUUAUUUCAACAAUAAACAACAAAACGAGCUGAAAAUGACUACAACAAGUAUUGAUUCAGAGAAUCAAUGGAAAGAAUACAUCAAUACACCGGAAGGUGGUUUUGUGAAAUCAAAUGUUACAAAUACAACAUCAACACCAUCAAGACUACGAAUGCUUUCAAAUGAAAGUAAUGGUCGUCAACCAGAAAUAACUUCAAAAAAAAGAGGUCCUUCAACUCCACUCACACCAACCCUCGUUCAACGAAAUAUUGUCAAAAAGCAACUGUCCUCAUUUGAAAGAGACAAUAGACAUCAAAAUACAAAUAUAAACCACGGGUUGAAAGACGAUGAAGUCAAGAAAUUGGAUCCUGAACAUUUCAAGUUUCAACCAAGUGAUACACUUAAUGAUGUGAUUGAUAACCAAGAGAAACAAGAACACUAUAUUUUCACUGAUACAAAUAAGGGGUCACCAAUUUCCAGAAGGUCAACGCCAUUAGGUGUGAAGAGUUUAGAUUCAUUAAAUCAGAACAAUGAGAUAGCCACACCAAAGAUCAGAAAUGGGAUCAAAAGAGCAGUUAGAGAGAACAAAAAGAGUAGACUGCAAGCAUUGAAAGAUUUCCAUUUUCAAGAUAAUAAUCCAAGUGAUAGUGAAUAUAGUGAAAUUUCAACAAUUGCCGGUGACACACCAAAUUAUAAGAUACCAAAUGAGAAUUUACUGUAUUAUAAGAAUGGAUAUUACGUGAACAAUGACGAUUCCCUGUACGAGUCAGAGAAAGAGAAUAUAAUUAGUAAUCGGGAAAUCCAUAGAGUUAAUGAUUUAGUGGAAUUCAUGAAGCUUGAGAGGCAAUUUGAAAAUGAAAAUCUUUAG